AUGAGUCAUUCCAAAAGCAUUCGAGCUGUCCUUGGAGAGGAUAGCUCGCCGCUAUGGCUCGUCCUGGCAUACGAAUCCGAAGCCGACGGUAAAGUAACGCCUGACAAACAAAAGGCCUCAGGGAUUAAGGGCAAGGAGGCUGCAUCUGGCACUUCUUCCGUGAACAUCACCGUGAUCGGACUGAGAUCUGACGAAGCCAGGAAUUACUGCGGACGCCAAGAAGGCACCAUUGAGGAUAUCCGUGAGCUCUGGACCCCAGAACGCAUGCAAGUUGUUGAGAGCCAAGAUGGCAAUAUUUCGCUUCAAUUGAGCCAUGUACAUCGGCGCAUCAUUACCCUUUCACCCGUGCAAGAAGGCGAUGCGCUCAAGCACAUCAAAUGUGCUGCAAUCAUGGAAGGGAUUCAUCCGGACUUGCAAAUGCUCCUUCAAAGCCAAUCGACCCAUAUGUAUGACAAGUACACCAAAGAGUUGCAAAAGUACCGUGCACUCGUUAGCACAAACGUCUCAAAGCCUAAAGCGAAAGCUGCACAGAUCUCCACCUUGAAUCCGAGCAGAAUGAAACGCGUUCGAAGAGACGACGAGUGCGAAUUUGUGGGAGAUGACGAUGACUGA